UUGUAGAGGAGUGACAUUUAGUCACUUGAUUCGGGCUCGGUUCGCUUUUCUGAUUUGGUGUCGAAUGGUGAACAUCCCUGUGGGCUUGAUCUAGCUCACAGGCUCCAGGGAAAGUGGAUUGUGCAGAAAGGGGCUCCUGCAGGAAGAGCAGACCCUUCUCUAACGACCGGAUAAAAUCCUCAGUCGUGUAAGAGUGAUGUAGCCGUGAUGGUCCAGAAAUUAUGUGAGGGGCAAGGGUUUAUGCCAACUACACGGCUGAUCCAAGACAGUCCUCCUGAGACAACUAACGGCGACUAUUUUUACUCGGUUCAGCUUUUGGCAGGGACUCUGAAGUUAUUCGCUUGGGUAUGGAGAAUCCAGACAACAGGACUGAGAUUGUGCUGGUAGCCUGUGGUUCCUUCAAUCCAAUCACCAACAUGCACCUAAGGUUAUUUGAACUGGCUAAAGACUAUUUGCAGGAAACAGGAAAAUACAAGGUAAUCAAAGGAAUCAUUUCACCAGUCAGUGAUGCAUAUCGAAAGAAAGGUCUGAUCAGUGCCAGUCACCGGGUAACCAUGGCAAAACUAGCUACGCAAAGCUCAGACUGGGUAGAAGUUGAUGACUGGGAAAGCUGCCAGAAUGAGUGGUCGGAGACACUGAAAGUCUUAAGCUUUCCUUCCUGGGAGCUCUUAACUUCCUCUGAGCCCAGCACAUCAUCUCUGUCAGCUGAGCCAGUGGUCUUAAGCAGGUACCAUCAUCAGAAAUGUAUGUCUUCUAAUCCUACUAAAAGCCCACAGAGGACUGCCCCUCUUACAAAGCCAGGACGGAAGAGAAAAAGGGAAGGAAAUAGUCAUGUUCCCAUUAAAAAGGAUCAACAAAACCCAGGAACAAAGAGUGUCCCGCAGAUUAAGCUACUCUGUGGCAGUGACAUAGUAGAAUCCUUUGGAGUGCCCAACCUAUGGAAAUCGGAAGACAUCACUGAAAUUGUGGCAGACUAUGGCCUUGUGUGCAUCAACAGACCUGGAUACAACGUCCAGAAAUUUAUCUAUGAGUCGGACAUACUGUGGGAACACAGGAAUAACAUUCACUUGGUGGACGAGUGGAUCACCAAUGAUAUCUCCUCUACCAAGAUCCGCAGAGCACUACGGAGACACCUGAGUAUCAGGUAUUUGGUACCUGAUGCAGUUCAGGCUUACAUUGAAAAGCAUGAUCUAUAUAGUCCAGGGAGCGAAGACAAGAAUGCUGAGGAAAUUCUGGCUCCUUUACAGAAACAUGCAAGUUCAAAGCAGUAGCAGACUUGUAAUCAGUCCUUCUUUCUUUAUGCUGUAAAAAUGGAAAGAUGUUUGAACUUUUCUAGUGAAUCUGCAUGCAACUGCCAUGGAAUUUAGCUGGAGUUUUGUGUUCACGAGGAUUCAAAAGUGCACAAGGUUUGGGCCUCCACCAUUUAGGAGCUUGAUUUCCUUCAAUGUCUUCCACCUUAUUGUUGUCAUUUACCAUUGUUCAGAGUGAGAAUAAAUUGGGUGCACUUUGCCAAAGUACAAAUGGCAACAAAGUACGAAUGGCAACAAAAGAGGCAAGGCAAUGGAAAAUCACAGCAAAGCUUACACUUUUACAUUUAAGUUUAGUAAAAUCUACUGUUACAUAUCUUUAUGGAUUUUUUUUCUAAAUUCAGCAAAAAAAUGUUUACGUGUGCACGCGCGCACACAUUUAAAUAUUUUCACAAAGGGAUGUGAAUAAAGCAUGACAAUAAGCUCUGGUGCAUGAGAACCUGGAAGUGAAAUUGCCUGGAAAUGGAUGAAACCAAUCUGUUUAUUUUCCCAGUUCAGAGAGAGUAAUAACAACUUAAAUAAUUUACAGUAUUGUAAAAACAUCAUGAAACAUGAUUUCCGGAGAAAACCGCAGUUGCCUGAGAAAAAUAAAAGUUGCAGCUGCAGACUGUAACCCCUUGGAUCCAAGAUAAACCUGCUGUAACCCAGGAAGUUUUAGCCUGGCUCUAACCUGGGGUAACAUCCUGGGGCAAGUUAGUUUCUUCUCCGGACAGCUGUUGGUUUGCAUCUACCUGCUCUGAAGAAGUUACCUCCAAGCUUUUGGCUUGAGGGUCUCUGUCUUGGAGUGGCUCUGGGAGUAGCGUUAGAGCCCAACGAAAGCAAAAUCGUUUCAAGGCAGUUACCCUCCAGCUGUCUUGUGCUUUAUUUGAAAGCUUGGGAAUGUUUAAAAAAAACUGUUACAUUUCCUUUCUUAUCAGUGAUAUAGAGUAAUUCGCAUACACCAAAAUCCGGAGCAUAAAAUCUUACUCAUUUCAAAUACUUUAUUGUUCCUACAGUAUUAUGUCAUAAAACAAAGAACAACGAUAAGGAUUGAAAGCCACUUGCUAAAAAAAAAUGUACAUUGUAGCACCAGCAGCAUUGUCACAGCUGAAUGGUUUCAACAAGAAGGGGUAGCAUGAGAUGGGCCUCCAGCUAUAUACAAAAGCAGUGAAUAACUUCAUUCCUUUGUUUCCCCCUAGAGGCCUUAGUAUUUGAGAUAUGUUUAGUGCUAAUCAGGAGCAGGAAAUGGUAUUAUAAUUGCCUUACUUUAAGCUCAACACUGUUUCUCAUGAAGAGACAGACCUAUUAAAGAAUCUCAGUCCAGCCACUGCUUUAAUGAGUAAAGGUUAAGAAUGGCGGUAUUGCACUGAUGUACUGUAAAUGACUGCUUUUUUUCAAAGGAUAAAUAAGAUUUGAUUUCUGUACCCAGCCGGAAUUGCUUUUUGUAAGUGGAAAUGAGGAGGAGAGAACAGGAUUUCAAUGUUAACUAAAUAUGUACAUUUUUAUUUACUAAAAAUCGGUUUCUGAAGUGACCAAAAAGCAAAACAAAGUAAUCUAUGUGACUAUUUUAGUGAGCUAGAACGCACUGUAAAGCUUGAAAAUACUAGUGAAUUCUGUUUCCUCUUUUCCAUCACUCUCCACUGUCUGGGUGAAUUAAGUGCCUUACCAACAGUUCUGGGACUUACUGAACUACUAUGUUAAUAGAAUAAGGAUGCUGUUGACCUGUUUUCUCUCCAACAGUGCUCUAAGGUGAACAGUGAAUGGCCUCUCCAAAUGGACAUACACAUGGUGGAAUUCUUUUGUGCUUUAAAACCUCUUUUGGUUCCUGCCCAUCACUAACCUAGGAGCAUCUGUAAGAUUGUUUUUUUUAAUAUGGCAAGAUGAGAUUAAACUAACUCUAAGUGCAUUUCUAAUUCUGCAAAGUGGCAAAAAUGGUGUCAGGUAUUUGUUCUCGGUGAUUUUCAGAUCAAAUGUAUUCAGUUCACAACAGGUACAGCUAUGCAAAUCCCCACUGGGUUUUGAAAGACAACAGCUUGUGCAUCAUCAGCUAUCGUAGGCCAAGUUAUGUUUCAGUGUUGACUCAGCAAUCCCAUAUCUUUAACUGUUUAGACCUUGGUAAACGGUUUUAUUGAUGUUGCAUAGGAAGGGAAAAACAUCCAUCUUCUACUUUAAAGCUCUCUCUCUUUCUCUUCCUUCUCCCUGCCCCCUGGUACAUUGAUUUUGCCAAAUUGACAAAAAGGAGUCAAGAUUUAGUUCUAAUAAAUAAAUAAAGUUAGCUAAUGUACCUGUGAAUACACAGACAGAGUAGACCUCUUAAGCAAGUUCACAGACAACAAAACUGGGAAAGAUUAUAAAGACAUUGGAGGAUGCAAGCGCAAUUCAGAAGCAUCUCAAGAGAUUGGAAAGUUGAGCUAGAGCUAACAAGAUGAAGUUCAAUGCAGACAAAUGCAAGGUGCUACACCUUGGGAGGAAUAAUCAAAAAUACAAAUACAAUGUGUGUGACAGCUGGCUGGAUGGCAGUUCUGUGGAAAACAAACUGGGAGUCUUGGUAGAUCACACACGCUAUAUGAGUGCAUCAACAGAAGCAGGUGUAAGACACAGGAGGUGAUAGUGCCUCUCUACUCGGAACUGGUUAGCCCUCAUUUGGAGUACUGUGUGAAGUUCUGGGCUCCACAUUUUAAAAAGGAUGUGGAGAAGUUAGAGAAGG